CCAUCCUGUUAACUGGACAUCAAAAGCGCUCCUUGUGGGUCACACCCUCUAAUAUACUCAAAUUAUUGAGCCACUGUGAGGUCCAAGAACUGAAAAAACACAAAAAAUAAAAAUCACAAUGACCCAAUGAUUAAUUUCUGGGAACCCUUUUGCUUUCUCGAUUCCCUAGUUUUGUUGAUUUCAUUUUUUCGUUCUCCCUUGUUUUUGGCUUCAAACUUUGUUUCUUGAAUAAAAACACAGCCUCAUGAUUUGCAACAAAAGUUUAGCCAACGCUGUUGGUGGCAGAACUGCCAGAGCCUGUGAUAGCUGUAUAAAAAAACGUGCUAGAUGGUACUGUGCAGCUGAUGAUGCAUUUCUUUGCCAAGCCUGUGACUCUUCCGUUCACUCUGCGAAUCUAUUAGCACGUAGACAUGAAAGGGUUCGCUUAAAGUCCGCAUCGCAUAAAUCUUCGGGCGCAGGUUCGCAAGAGAAUUCUAUGCCAUCAUGGCACGGGGGGUUCACUAGAAAAGCCAGGACACCAAGACAUGGCAAGCCAGUGUCUCAAUCAAAAAUUGAAAAGACAAAAAGGAAUAUUCCUAUUCCACUAGUGCCUGAAGUGGGUUCAGAUGAGAUAUCGCUUGAAGAUAAUGAAGAAGAGCAUCUGCUGUAUAGGGUUCCAAUCUUUGACCCUUUUGCUGCUGAAUUAUGCACUUCAACAACAGUCUCGAAUGAAGCGGGAGCAGUAGUACCAGACGGUGGUACUGAUACUGAUCAAAGAGCUGCUGAUUCUAGUGGAACCGAAUCAAAGGUUUUGUUAGGAGGUAGUGAAGGGAAGGAUGUUGAGAGUUUGCAUGGAUUUCUACCAUCUGAUAUGGAUCUUGCAGAGUUUGCAGCUGAUAUGGAGAGUUUGCUUGGUAGGGGUCUUGAAAAUGAGUCUUUUGGGAUGGAGGAGCUGGGACUUAUGGACUGUAAAGAAGAAAACGAGUUGGGGGUGAAAGGGUAUCCUUUAGGCAAGGGAAAGGUGAAGGUUGAAGAGGAAGAGGAUGCAGGCAUGGAAGAAAAAGAUGUUAGGGAAUGUCAUGCUGAUAUUGAGAUUGAUAUUGCAAAAGAUCCGCCUUUUGAGUUGAGCUUUGACUAUGACUCCCCUGCAACUUGUGACGAGGAAGAUGAGAAGGUAGGGAUUGAAGAGGGAGACUUGAAGAACAGUGAUGGGGAAUAUGAAGAUGAUGGUGGUGCAAAGAAGAAGAGGAGAACACUCCUGAGUCUGGAUUAUGACGCUGUCAUGACUGCUUGGGCAAGCCAGGGGUCUCCCUGGACUAACGGUUAUAGGCCCGAUUUCGACGCUGAUGAAUGCUGGCCUGACCCUGACUGCAUGGGUAUUUGCGGAGCCCAACUUCAUCAACCUUAUGGAGAUGUGAGUGGAUUAGCGGCACACCCUGCAGCUUUGGUGGACGGAGGGCGAGAAGCUAGAGUAUCCAGGUACAGAGAGAAGCGGAGAACAAGACUGUUCUCCAAGAAAAUAAGAUACGAGGUCAGGAAAUUGAAUGCAGAGAAGAGGCCCAGGAUGAAAGGGAGGUUCGUUAAAAGGACAACCUUCGCCGGAAAAUAAGUAUUAACUACUCUAGCUCGCUACAAGUUCCAUUGUGCACAUCAUCACGAUCGACUCUUAUGUAUAUUACUGAGGCCUUUCGACGGGGGAUCUUCACAGAUUCAAUAAAUAAAAUUCUGUGCUG